AGGCGCCGCUCUCAUUCUGCCGAGGCUGGUGUCGUGAGCCGUUUGUUUUCCUGUAGCUGCUUCCUUCCGGUGUCGCCAUGAACGGGCAGCUCAACGGUUUUCACGAGGCCUUCAUCGACGAGGGCAGCUUCCUCUUCACCUCCGAGUCCGUGGGGGAGGGGCACCCAGAUAAAAUCUGUGACCAAAUCAGUGAUGCUGUCCUUGAUGCCCACCUUAAGCAGGAUCCAGAUGCCAAAGUUGCUUGUGAAACUGUUGCGAAGACUGGGAUGAUCCUCCUGGCUGGCGAGAUCACAUCCAGAGCGGCUGUUGACUACCAGAAAGUUGUGCGUGAUACAAUCAAACAUGUUGGUUAUGAUGAUUCUUCCAAAGGAUUUGAUUACAAGACUUGCAAUGUGCUAGUAGCCUUGGAGCAGCAGUCUCCUGAUAUUGCCCAGGGAGUCCAUCUAGACAGGAAUGAAGAAGAUAUUGGUGCUGGGGACCAGGGCUUGAUGUUUGGUUAUGCUACAGAUGAAACUGAGGAGUGCAUGCCCCUGACCAUUGUCCUAGCGCACAAGCUGAAUGCCAAGCUGGCAGACCUGCGUCGCAAUGGCACCUUGCCGUGGCUGCGACCCGACUCUAAAACUCAAGUGACUGUACAGUACAUGCAGGACCGUGGUGCUGUCAUCCCUAUUAGAGUCCACACGAUUGUCAUAUCUGUUCAGCAUGAUGAAGAUGUCUGCUUGGAUGAGAUGAGGGAUGCCCUAAAGGAGAAAGUGAUCAAAGCUGUUGUGCCUGCAAAAUACCUGGAUGAUGAUACAAUCUACCACCUGCAGCCAAGUGGCCGCUUUGUCAUUGGUGGUCCCCAGGGAGACGCUGGCUUGACUGGCCGGAAGAUCAUUGUCGACACCUAUGGUGGCUGGGGUGCUCAUGGAGGAGGUGCUUUCUCGGGGAAAGACUACACCAAGGUGGACCGUUCUGCUGCUUAUGCUGCUCGUUGGGUAGCCAAGUCCCUCGUCAAGGCUGGCCUGUGCAGGAGAGUGCUUGUCCAGGUCUCGUAUGCCAUUGGAGUGUCCCACCCAUUGUCCAUCUCCAUUUUCCACUAUGGCACUUCUCCAAAAAGCGAGCGGGAACUGCUAGAGAUUGUGAAGAAGAACUUUGACCUCCGCCCUGGGGUUAUUGUCAGGGAUCUGGAUCUGAAGAAGCCCAUUUAUCAGAGGACUGCAGCCUAUGGCCACUUUGGUAGGGACAGCUUCCCAUGGGAACUGCCCAAAAAGCUAAAAUAUUGAAAGUGUUAGGCUUUUCUCCCCAGACCUGUUGGCGUAGGCUACAGAGAAGCUUUCAGGCUCUGGGGGAAAGAGCCCCUCUUCCCUAACUUUAUCCUGUCCUCCUGUUCAGCUCUUACUCAGCAAACUUUGUCCAUUGCCAUGGCUAUUAAUUCUAUGGGGACCAUGAGUUAGACUAUGCUAUCUUCUUAUUUCUGGCCUUGUGCUCACUCUAUUAGUGGAACUAGUGAGCACAAGUGAUCUGUGUAACUGUCUAGAGAUGAGCAGACAUCAGUCUGUCUAGUAAAUGAAUCUUUAAGAUUGGAUUUGUUGUAUGCCCAAUAACCCAACCGUGAAAGUUUAAGAACUGCAGUGAAUUUCCCCCUCAAAUGCUGACUGAAGUAGUCCUUGUAACAUGCAUGUGAAAUCUGUGGUUCAUUAUAGCAUCUGUCCAGCCCCAGCCCUGUUGAGCAGCAUGAUUUUGUGGUGUCUAAAUGUAAAGCUUUCUAGUCCCCGUAACCUGGUCAGUCUGACUAUGUAGCUUUUGUCUCAGAGUGCUUCCCCCUAGCAGACUAGCCUUGCAUGCAACGCAAGUUUCACUUGGAGCUCCAGCCUGAUGCGGUUUUUAUUCAAAGGCAGUUCUUACUCUACCCACUUGUGGUGCUUUAUGCUCUUAAUUCCAUCUGGAGUGGCACCAGAUUUUAACCUCUCCACUUUCAGCUGUCUUUCUUGGAGGACGUACGUAAUAAGGUUUUUAAAAAGAUAAUCAAUUCUAUGCAUGGUUUCAGCACUAGCCAAACCUCACCAUCUCCUGUUUAACCAACGGGCACUUGGCAGCUUGGGGAUGUACUACAGAGAAGUCCCCAGGCAGUACCCAAGGUCUGUAGGCUGCACACUUUGGUACCAGAGUAAUUUUUUUCUUUAUAAGAAAGCUGGAGAAUUCCACACUGCACAAAACUCCUCCUGGGUUUUUAAACUUUGUUUUAUUUUCAAAGCCAGGUCCAAUUCAUGCUCUGGACAGCUGGUGUAGCUACAGAGAAGCCAGCUUCCUUCAGAGCCACAGGUGCAUUUGGAGGGGAGGAGAGAUGGCAAAAAUAACCCUUCAUACUUGAACAUUUUUCUAAUUGCUUAUUUAUUGUUCUCUGGGGCAGGGUGUGAGUACAGAGAAGCCCUUGGCUCAGAUGGCAGCUUUUUUAACACUUUUUUUUGUUUUGUUUUGGACACCAUGAUUCCUUGUCAUGUUUCCAGCAUUCCCUGAUAGGCCAAGGUGUCCUACAGAAAAACCUUGGGUCACACCUACAGGGGGUCUGGCUGGUGUAAACAUAAGGGGGAGGGCAAAGCUAGGGCAACUGGCCUUGGGCGAGGCUGAUUUGGCUGGUGUUGUACAGAGAAGCCAGCUUGUUUACAUGCUUAUCCCAUGGCCUCUGUCUUGAGUGGAAAGUGCCUUUCAUGAUCUAUUUUUGUGGAGGUUUAUUACGUAUGUCUGGUUCUUCAAAUCCCACCAAUUAACUGAAGAUCUGAAUAAAGUGCUAGGUUCUACCUUA